UUCUUACCAUUUUUUAACUUUAUAAAUUUUUUUUUCAGAAUUUUGAUGGAAAAAACUGGUCAAAGUGGAUCCUCAUUAUUAGCUAUAAGCGAAACUGCUACAAAUUCCACAGCAAACGGCAAUACAAUGGCCCCUGGAAAUGAUCAAAAGGAUAACGAGUCUAAACGAAGUCAAAAUACCUCAGGAUAUUCAAUGGCUGGUGUUUUACACUUUCUUCAAAACGAAUGCAGUCAGUAUGAACUUGAACGGUCUCAAUGGGAGAUUGAAAGAGCGGAGCUUAAAGCACGAAUUACAUUUUUGAUUGGAGAACGCAAAUCCCAAGAAAAUUUAAAGUUUGAUUUGGUUCGUCGAAUAAAAAUGUUGGAAUUGGCAUUGAAACAGGAAAGAGCUAAACACUUGGAAACUGUCAAAAAGUAUGAACAACCGCAGCAAAAUGGUGAAGUUGAUCAAAUAGAUGGGGAAGAACAAAAUCACUUGGUUGUCAACACAAAAUCAACUGUACCAUUGGAUAUAGAUUCAAUUUUGCCUUCUAAAACCAAUGACAACAAUCAAUCGUCAAAUGGAGGGAUUUUGAGCAACAAAGAACUUUAUAGAGCUCGAGAGACUUUGCAGCAAUAUUUACAUGAAAUUGGCUACACAGACAAAAUUCUUAGUUUGCGAUCUUUUCGAGUUAAUCAACUGCUGGGGUUGUUGCCUAAAAUGGAUGAGGAAGAAAAAACUAAUAGUGAUGAUGAACGACGUCCAAAUGCUGCUGAAUGGGCGCUUUUGCGAAGUGAACAUGCAAUUUUGGAAGCUGCUGAUGCUAUUAAACAAUCACGUCAACAUCAAGAAAAACUUCAAGAAUCGUCCAAUUUAAAGAAAAAUGCUGAAAAUGCAGAUAACAAUGAUUCCUCUUCUGACGACAAUGCUGAAGCAGAUUUGGAUGCAGACGCUGUAGAAGCUUUUAAUGAAUUUAGUUUUUUGAAAAAUGAAGAGGGUGGAAAUGAAAGGGUGUGGAAUCCUAAAGGAAAUUUGGAAAACAUAGAUGUAUCGAAGCAGAGGAAAUUGGAUGAAAUGAAAAAGGAGCUCAAACAUGAUCAAGAACGUAGACGUCAGCAAAGUCUUGCAAAAGCUCGAAGUGUUUUUGACGAUUCUGACCAGAAAAACAAAUUCAAUAAUACUAUUCAACAAAAUCAACAGUCUCAAAGUCAAUCUGCCGCUGAUAUUCCUUUUGAAGAAGAAAAAUAUGAAGGAAUAAAAACUGUUUUUGAUAAGGAAGAAGAAAAUGUGCAACAAUUGCAUUGGAAUGUUCACUAUACGUUAAGGUCCCAUUAUGAUUCAAUUAGAGCAAUGCAGUUUCAUCCUAUUGAGGUGUUGGAUUUUUGUAUAUUUAAAAAGGAUUGGAUUUUUGUAUAUUAUAUUAACAAAAAUGUCCAUAGACCUGUUUUAAUUACUGCAUCAGAAGAUGGCACAGCCAAACUUUGGGAUUUAAAUAGUUCUUCUGUUGGAUCAAAAACUGGUGGAGGAGGAGGAAAUUAUGAUGAUGGUAGUGGAAAAGGAUUUCCGUCUACUGGAAUUGCUGAUAUUGAACCUUUGUAUACUUUUAGAGGACAUCGGGGAGCAAUUCUAGCAAUGGAUAUGUCUCCAAUGGGUGAAACUUGUUACACUGCUGGAUUAGAUGGAGUUAUUUGUUGUUGGACAAUUCCAUCAACUGUUGGUUUAGAUGUUUAUCAAACAUUUGACCCAAAUUUAUUGCAAGAACGUUUAAAUGGACAUACAGACGCUAUUUGGUCAUUAAGUUAUCAUUCUUCGUCGAAUAGGUUAAUUUCUGCAUCGGCUGAUGGAACAAUAAGAAUUUGGGUUGUUGGUUUAGCUGAUGGAGCAAUGCCUACACCUUUACUUAAAACAAUUACUGAAUUAGACAAGCCAAGAUCUAUUGAUGUUGUCUCUACUGAAUCUCAACAACUUUUGUGUGCUUGUGUUCAUUCCCAAUGUCAUAUUAGAGAUUUUGAAACUGGACAAAUUGUUUUGAAUUUUCAAAAAGUUGAGGAUGGAGAUGAAGUAAAUAAAAUUUUAUCUCAUCCAACUAUGCCUGUUACAAUAACUGCUGGUGAAAACAGAAAAAUCCGUUUCUUUGACAAUAAUACUGGCAAAAUUAUUUGUUCUACAAUGGCGCAUGUUGAAGGUGUAUCAACUUUAGCAAUAGAUCCAAACGGUCUAUAUAUGUUAAGUGCUUCACAUGAUGGUUCCGUUCGUUUUUGGAAUGCUGAAAAGAAAAUUUGUUUGCAGGAAAUUGCUGCACAUAGAAAAAAAUUUGGUUCUGGUGUUAUGGCUGUAGCUUUUUAUCCUUCAAGGCAAAUGAUCGGUUCUGCUGGAGCUGAUGGUUUGGCUAAGGUCUAUGGAACUGGCCAAAAUAAUAAUAAUAAUAAUCUUCCUUCGUCAUCAUUUCUUAUGCCAACAACAACUUCCCCGACAUCUUCAUCAUCAUCUGGUUCAUCUGCAGGGUCUAGCCCAUUACAAAAAUAUCAGCAACAACAAAAUAUUGCAUCAUCUCAACUUUGAAAAAUUGCAAAAAAAUUUUUUCUCUUGGUUAA